GAGCUGCUUAAUAUUCGGGGAGAGGAAGAAAUUCGAAGGCAGGUAACUGGAACAGUUAAGGAUUCUAUCGUCUACAAGAACAUAUCCCUUAUGAUGGCAGAAGGGGCAUCCAAAAAACCCAGCAACAAGUCGUUAACAAAUUGAAGGCACUACGCAGACAAUUCACCAAAGUACACGACCAUAACCGCAAGAAAAGUGGUGCUGGGCGUAUGGAAUGGCCAUAUUAUGACCUAUGCUAUAGUGUCUUUGGCAACACUGCGAUAACAAAUCCCAUAGCACUAUCGUCAUCCAGCUCUGCCAGUCGCCAGAUGUCAGUCGACGAGGACUGUGACGAAACACAGCACAGCCUUCCCAGCUCACAAUGCAGCCCAUCAUCCCCGCUGCUUAUAUCGGACAGCAGUUUCGAAGACUCGACCGUCAAUGAUGAUUCCAUCAGUGCCACUAUUGAAGACGUACCACAGUCUCAGGCGGAGACGCCGCAACCCCCCAAGACCACGACUUUGCGCUCAAAUAUCUACAACGUUCCACAGCGGAAAAAGAAACUGAACAAAACAGAACAAACGGUCAGAGCAAUGAAGUCCAUUAUCGUGGAUCACCUGCGUGAGGCGGAUAGUGAGCUCAAUGCCCAGGAAGAUGCACGGCUUGAGAGAUUUCUUGCGUCAGAAAAAGAAAUGCAUCAAACUUUUAUGAGGCAGUUAAUGACCAUGCAUGAUAGGCAGAUGACAUUUUUUGAACGCACGUUUGCACGUACCAUAGGGAAUACCACACAAGCACAACAGCAAGACACAGCCUACCCACAGCACCCAUAUGGUCCAUACAACUAUGAGCCUCCCUCAAAUCCCCCAACACAAAUCCCGCAAUCCUCAGAAUAUCGGGUAUAUAGACAACUGCCUUAGAGCAGUGGGUGAUAAAACAAUGUUUGUGUUUUAAGCUUCUGUUUGCACUGUAUCCUCAACCCUGAUACCUACAAAUCCAAACAUUAUUUUGAUUUUACAGAGUGCCCUGUUGGCACUUUAAACUUUUAUAUUGUUACCUCAGAAAAUGGGCAGUGGCAUCCAGAUAUUGGGGCUACCUUUUAUAUUGUUACCUCAGACAAUGUGCGGCAGUGUGAUCCAAAUAUUGGGGGUACCCCGAUACCUGCCAAACCAAACAUUAGGUUUUUUUUUUUACAGAGUGCCCUGUUUGCACUUUACUCUUUUAUAUUGUUACCUCAGGGCAGGUGUCUUCACCAUGUGGCCCUCUAGCUGUUGUGGAAAUACAUAGCAACACAUGCUGGUACAUGUUGUUCCACAACAGCUGGAGGGACGCAUGUUGAAGACCCCUUGCGUUAUGUGGAAUUUUACAGUGUCAUGUUUGCACUUAAAUAUUUUAUAUUGUUACCUCAGAAAAUGUGCG